CCCUUUACAGUUGUUUUUUGAACUUUUUUAUCUGCACAAAGAGAAAAGAGAGGUCAAAAGUUCCAUUGAAGCUCUGCUCUGCAACCAUUUCCCUCUUCUUCCCCAACAACACUUCUCUGUCUCUCAGAGAAGGAAGAAACCGAUCAUUCCCCUCUCUGUUCCGCCAUUUUCAGCUAACCCAACAGACCCCCAGCUAGCUUCCCUCAGAACCAAAAAAAAAAAAAAUGUCCGUUCUUCGUCAACUUUAUCUCUUCUGCUUCUUCUUCUUCCUCCUCUUCCCAGCCCAUGCCCUGUCCGCCGCCCCCACUUCAGAGCUCAGAGCUCUCAUGGACCUGAAAGCAAGCUUAGACCCCGACAACACCUUGCUCCCCUCGUGGAACCUCAAUGGCGACCCCUGCAACGCCGGUGGCGGCUCCUUCGACGGCGUGGGCUGCACCGCCGACGGCCACGUGGCCAACAUCUCGUUGCAGGGCAGGGGGCUCAGUGGGAAGCUCUCGCCCGCCAUUGCUGGGCUGGAGCACCUGACUGGGCUGUACCUGCAUUACAACUCUUUGUAUGGAGAGAUACCCAGAGAGAUCGGUAAUCUGAGUCGGCUCAGUGAUCUGUAUCUCAACAUGAACAACCUCUCCGGGGAGAUUCCCUCCGAGAUUGGAAAUCUCGAGAGCUUGCAAGUUUUGCAGCUCUCUUAUAACCAGUUUACUGGAAGUAUACCCACUCAGCUUGGUUCUCUCUCAAAACUUGGCGUUUUCUCCGUCCAAUCCAACCAACUCACUGGUGCAAUACCCGCAAGUUUAGGUGACUUGGCUUCAUUGACGAGGCUUGACUUGAGCUUCAACCGUCUCUUUGGUUCAAUCCCAACGAGGCUUGCUGGUCUACCGCUGCUUGAAGUUCUUGACAUUCAUAACAACACACUCUCUGGCAAUGUUCCCCCAAGCCUGAAGAGACUGAACGAUGGGUUUUUGUACGAGAACAACUUGGACUUGUGUGGAGCAGGUUAUUUGACCCUGACGGCUUGUAAUGCUUCUUACAGUCUUGGUUCAAGCAGGCCUGAGCCUUAUGCGUCUGGGACCACAGGUCCCCUGACAAGCAUUCCCGAGACUGCAAAUGUACAGUUGCCUUGUAACCAUACUCAGUGCUCCAACUUGCCCAGAUCAAGACACUCUUCUGUCAUUAUUGGCAUAGUUGUGGCAACAAUUGCCCUGUCAGCAAUAGGAGCUUUCUCCUUCACUCAGUACCGUCGUAGGAAGCAAAAGCUCGGGAUCUCAUUCGACCAUUCAGAUAGUCGUCUUAGUACAGACCAGAGUGGGGGCCCUGGUUACAGGAAGAAUGGUUCGCCUCUUGCAAGUCUUGAGUACUCCAACGGAUGGGACCCGCUCGCCGAUGGUAAGGUUAUCAGUGGAUUGUUCCCUCAAGAAGUUAUGCAGAGCUUCAGAUUCAAUCUUGAGGAGGUGGAAUCAGCAACUCAGUACUUCUCAGAGGUGAAUGUAUUGGGGAAGAGUAACUCGUCCACGACUUAUAAAGGAAUCUUGAGAGACGGGUCCCUUGUUUCAGUUAAGUGCAUCAACAAGACCAGCUGCAAGUCCGAUGAGAGCGAGUUUCUGAAGGGACUAAACGUUUUGACCUCGCUGAGGCACGAGAAUCUAGUGAGACUGAGAGGCUUCUGUUGCUCAAGGGGCAGGGGAGAGUGUUUCCUGAUAUAUGAUUAUGUUCCCAAUGGGAGUCUGCUGAGGUAUCUUGACUUGAAGGAUGGAGAUGGCAACAUACUCGAAUGGUCCACCAGAGUCUCGAUUGUGAAAGGCAUUGCUAAAGGAAUAGCUUACUUGCAUAGUUUCAAAGCAGGCAAGCCUGCCCUCCUCCACCAGAAUAUCUCAGCAGACAAAGUUCUCAUCGACCAGCGGUACAGUCCUCUUCUUUCGGGCUGCAGCCUCCACCGGCUUCUCACGAAUGACACUAUCUUUUCCUCGCUCAAGGAGGCUGCCGCUAUGGGCUACCUAGCCCCUGAGUAUGCCUCCACUGGCCGGUUCACUGAGAAGAGUGACAUUUACGCCUUCGGGAUGUUACUAUUCCAAAUAAUGUCAGGGAAGCAGAAGGUGACUUCUUCUAUCCGACUCGUUGCUGAGGGCAAUCGUUUCCAAGAGUUGGUUGAUCGCAAUCUACAUGGACGGUUCUUUGAGUAUGAGGCUGCGAAGAUUGCGAGGAUUGCCCUUCUCUGCACCCACGAGUCUCCCAUGGAGAGGCCAUCCAUGGAUGCAAUCAUUCAUGAGCUCGGGAACUGCAGCAGCUGUCUGUGAAGCCACUGAUAGAGGUAACUUUUGUUUUUCUGACGGAGGACGAUGGCGUUAAUGACUUAGAAAGUGAUGCUAACUCAAUUCUGCUAAUGAUCUUCUCGCGUUUUUACGUUUCUUUUUUGGCGGUUUCCAUCUGUUUUUGCGACAAAUGAAGUGGGGGAUUGAUUCCAUGGUAUGUAUCAUGGAGUGGUUGCUUUUUAUAUUGUGAUGGAAAACCCUCAGGAAUUUGCUGUUGUAAUUACGGGUACUUAUCGGAUGUUUUAUUUUAUGCGGAUUUUAAUCAUUGAAGUGCUGAUAAGGCUUCAACUGCAA